CCAGCCGAUCCCGGUGGCCCCGCGGGCGGAGCGGAGCGGCGGGAGCGGCAGCGGGGACGGCAGCGGGGAGGGGAGCCGGGCCGCCGCCGGCCGACCGGAGACAUCUUGCCCGCGCCAGUGCUGUUUCAGACCUGAUACAGACAAGAUGUCCAGCAGGGGUGGAAAGAAGAAGUCAACCAAGACUUCCCGCUCCGCAAAGGCUGGGGUCAUAUUCCCUGUUGGAAGAAUGCUCCGGUACAUUAAGAAAGGCCACCCGAAGUACAGGAUUGGUGUUGGUGCUCCUGUGUACAUGGCUGCUGUACUGGAAUAUCUAACUGCGGAAAUUCUGGAAUUGGCUGGAAAUGCAGCAAGGGACAACAAGAAGGGUCGAGUCACUCCUAGACACAUCUUGUUGGCUGUAGCAAAUGAUGAAGAAUUAAAUCAGCUAUUGAAAGGGGUCACCAUAGCCAGUGGUGGAGUGUUACCCAAUAUUCACCCAGAGCUGUUGGCAAAGAAGCGGGGAUCAAAAGGAAAACUGGAAGCCAUCAUCACUCCACCCCCAGCAAAGAAGGCAAAGUCUCCAUCACAGAAAAAAACUGUAUCAAAGAAAACAGGCGGCAAGAAAGGAGCAAGGAAAUCCAAGAAGAAGCAGGGAGAAGUGAGCAAAUCAGCCAGUGCUGACAGUACAACAGAGGGAACUCCUGCAGAUGGUUUCACAGUCCUGUCUACCAAAAGCCUGUUUCUUGGCCAGAAGCUGAACCUUAUUCACAGUGAAAUCAGUAAUUUAGCCGGCUUCGAGGUGGAGGCCAUUAUCAAUCCUACCAAUGCUGACAUUGACCUUAAAGAUGACCUAGGGAGCACUUUGGAAAAGAAAGGCGGCAAGGAGUUUGUGGAAGCCGUCAUUGAGCUCCGCAAAAAGAACGGGCCGUUGGACAUAGCCGGAGCUGUUGUCAGCGCUGGCCACGGACUGCCUGCGAAAUUUGUGAUCCACUGUAACAGCCCAGGUUGGGGCUCAGACAAAUGCGAGGAGCUGCUGGAAAAGACGGUGAAGAACUGCUUGGCUCUGGCUGAUGAAAAGAAGCUGAAAUCAAUCGCCUUUCCUUCCAUUGGCAGUGGCAGGCCACUCUUCUUUCAUGUGCCUUGGUGUGACCACCCUGCCAGAACACUUGAAAGCUGUGUGACUUCAGAGGCUCCUGAGAACAGUUCAGAAACAGUUACGUCCCCAUUUUGAUGCCCUGCAUGAUAGUGCAGGAGAAAAAUUCCUGGAAGAUCUCUUCACUCUAUGCAAGGACGCAGCAUUCAUAAGUAACCUGCAAGUGCUCAGGCGCGUGGAGGCUGCUGACUCCUAAGCAGCUCCUGUGUCAAAACUGCUCUCAGUUGAUUACCUUCGCACACAGCUGAUAAUGCCUGACCGGCUCAUUUGGCUUUAGAAUAGUAUGAGCUUUGCUCAAAAUGCUUUUCCCUUUGUGGAGUUUUUUGGGGUGUUUUUGUUUUUUUGUUGUUGGUUUUGUGUGUGUGUGUGAGUAAUAGCACAUUACAGACAGGACUGACACAGAAUUGCUCUCCAAGAAUAUUUUUUGGUAAGGUAAUGUGCAGCAAGUGGACCAUGCCACAGGAGCUGCCCUUCACAUUUGGUGUGUUGCAGACAGCAAAGAGAAAAAGAAGAGAUUACAGCAGCAUUUUGCUACCAGUGUGGUGCUUCAGUGAGCAAGUGCUGAGAAAUGUUCACCUGUUAGAGCCAGAGGUGGAUUUAGCCCAGAUUCUUUGAAGUGCUCACAAAACGCUGAGGAGCUCAUCCAUCAGUGUAGUCCGUAUAUUAUUUGUAGUAUUAAUAGUACAGACUUUAUAAUGGGGAGUAUUAACUACCAGGUAUCUGUAAGUGCCCGUCAAGGAACCAGGUGAUGUGCAACAGGCUCUUUCGGCUUCUUUUUGGGAGCUACUCCUAAGAGAGUCAACUCUCUGACUCACCUCAGACUGACUAUGGAGUGUACAUCACUGAGGCUGGGGGAGGGCUCAGAAUUUGGCAGGGUAAAACCACAGUCUGGGUGAGUAGCAGUAUUUCAGGACUAACACAGCAACAGAGUUCAGGCCAUGUUCCAAGCAGUUACCAGAUGUAAUUCCAGGAGUUUGCCAUGACCUCUAAAAUUCGGGUCAUAAAGUUCAGGUCAUAGCUUUGUUAAGACCAUUCUACUUGUGCUUGACUUGUUUUAAGAUUAAUCUUUAAGACAAGGAUUCCUAGAUAAAAAUAUGAAGAAGUUUAUAAGAAGGGUUAUCAGGUUAGGUCCUGUAAAGUCCUGUGCUUAGUUACCACUAGUAGUGGAAAGACCAUUUUGUACUUCGGGUUUUUUCAUG